CUUCUCGCUUCACCUGAGGAAAAAUAAAAAGCAGCUGCUUUUACACCGAGUUUCGGGUUGUUUCGGUUUUUUUCGGUGAUGAGACCCGAUUAAAAACAGGGGAAUCCACCAAUGAGGUGUACGAUGACUUCUGGCCGCCGCUAACCAUCACACUCGCACAGAAUUUAAUUUAAACACUCGACAAUGUCUGGCCUGGGUGGUUUGAUUACUGAUAAAGGGGAGGAGGUGGCUGCUGGUCCUGCUGCUGAGCCACAAGUAGAGGAAAGAAGCGAGGAGGAGGAGGAGGAGGAAGUGACCAGCUCUGCUCAUCUGGAGCCGAGUACUUUGCCAUGGCCGGGAGACAAAAACAAGACGCCCCUGUUGGACCAUGAUGAUGGAGUCUGGUCGGAUAAAGCGGCUUCAGAACCCGAAGAGAGGGACACGGGGAUCAGCGGGGGCAGCCAGGAUCUGUCUGAGGAGCAGAGCCAGCCGGAGAGCGACGUAAAGAGUAAAGCCAAGUGGAGGGAGAGCAUGCCCGAGGGUGAGAGGUGGAGGGACGAUGAGAUCGAGGUGCAGCGGGAUGACAAAGGGGACGGCUCACUCGCAGACGACGAAGAGGAGGAGGAGGAGGAAGAAGAAGAGGAGUCCAAGUGGGUCCCGGAGAAAGCCUCUCUGGGUAUCACUCCUCAUGUCAUGAUCGUGUGUCAGUCCGGCAAAGAGGUUCCCGUGGAGAGGAGGCACUUCGUGGAGAAGGACGAAGACAUGGAGCCGCAGAUGGAGCCCGAGCCUGCUGUGCAGUAUUACCCAGAGUGGGUCGAGCAGGACGACAAGACCUACCUGUGCGACCAUCUGUGCAGUGAGAAGCUGAGGCUGGUUUUAGCCACGCUAGCUGCAGCGCUCCUCUUCCCUCUCCUGGUCUGGGGAGGUUACGCCCUCCUUCCGUUCGAAUCGCCGCUGCUGGAGAGCGCCCCCCUCAGGGUGGUGUACACACUGCGCUGCUCAUUCUUCGCCAUCAUCCCCAUCCUGCUCGGUGUGGUGGUGCAGGGCAUCGCUCGGCUGCGUUUCAGCGUCCUGAAGCCCCUCUACCAGAAUAAGCUGGUGGACAGAGACGUGGCGGUGCACUGGCACUACGUCAACGAGUCGCUGGCACUCUUCCUCUUCUUUUUCCUACAACUGGCUGUGAUGGCGACUUACAUCAGCCAGGACCUGCUCAAACUGGUGCCGCUGCUCACCAUCAUAUUUGUGUUCGGCAGGCUCAUCUACUGGCUCUGCCUCUCUCUGGGCAGCAGCAUCCGGGGCCUCGGCUUCGGCUUCUCCUUCCUCCCCAUCCUGGCCAUGCUGGCCGUCAACCUCUACUUUGUCUGCUCGUCGGUGGGACAGGGGUCGGUCUUCGACGUGGCGUCGCCCACGACGGCUCCACCUCCCAGACUGAAGAACUGGUGGGGCUGAAGAGGCGGUGAGGAGCUGGGAGACAGAACCACUGCAGAGACACAACAUCACUCACAACCCGCUCGGCUCUCUCUGCGUCCUCUAAAGUUGUAACCCUCAAGGUUUCAGUCCCGGUUGGUUUGGCGACACCUGCAGUUACCAUGGUAACAGCGAGCCCGUUUUUUUUUACUCCAGCGAACACUCCUCGACUUCAGGAGACACAACAGAGGAGCGGCUGGUGUGUCUGUUUACAGAGCAGCCAGUUUAAUGAAGAAGCCAAUCAGUCGGCUUAACCUGAUUCAACCAAAAACUUACAAUAAUCUGCAAAUGAAAACGUUUUGUUUACACAUUUAUGCCAACCACAGUGACGAAUAUGUUGUUUUAUAUUUGGAAUAACUAAAUCCAGCUCUUGUCUGAAGAGCAGCUGAGUGAAACCUAAACAGUGAGACUGCCUCCGAUGAAAUAAAAUCACUGGAUUGUAUACUGACGUCUCCCUAAAUGUUUCUCUGGGAACGACUAGCGACGAAAACGAGGACAUUUCUGCGUGUAAAUAUAUCGACCAUCAGAAACGAGGUCUGAUUUCAUUGAAAUCUUUCCAACUGUUCGAUGUUUUCUUCCUUCUUGUGGGUGAAGCUUGAAUCUUACACAAAACUGUUCACCUGGUAGUUUGAGAUAAAGUCUAAAAAGUUUACGUAAAGUUCUUAUCUGCUCGCAAAUCAAAACUACAGCGAUUUCACAGCAUGUUUACUAAUUUUGUCCCGUUUAUCUUCCGUUAGACACUUUCAAACAGCCUCUAACUCAUUUCUGUUUGGAGCUGAUGACGUUUGAGGCCAAAGAGUUUAUGAUCCAGUGUUUGGAUGUGAUGCAGCAAAUCAAGCGAAAUAUUUAAAAAAAAAAACAUUAAAGCCUGAACAAGCUCCUAAUAUUUAAGGGUGAUAUUAGAUUUUUUUUUUUUUUACAUUAGCAUCAAGUUGUUUUUAUGAAUUCUAUGAUUUUUUUUAUUUCGUCUGUGCCUCUGAUAAUCGUUCAACUUUAUAUUUAUAACUGAGACUGUUUAAUGCAUCUUUGUUUUAUUGAUCAAAGGCUUUUCUUUGUUUAUAGCGCCGUCGACUGCUUUGCUAUUUUUGGAUGGUCUCUCUUCUUUCUGUUGAAGGAACUUUGUGUUUUUUUCAGUCUGUGAAUGACGAGUAUUUAAAGUAAGUAUGAUCAAUAUUUGGGGCCUUGAAUGAACUCAAUAAAGCUUCACUAUGAAACAUC